CCUAUGGGCUGUUGCGGAUACAGACGCAGUCCGUACGUACUCAUCCGUUUCGCAGUCCCUUGCAAACAGCCAAUUAUAUUGGUGCGAACUGCAGAAAGUAAACUUUGACACAUAUUUGAUGACUACGUCCGUUGAUAACAAGAACACGUAUUGUGAAGACGCUGUCGUUAUGGACGUAAAGCUCGUGCACGAAGUGCGAAAACAUCCCGCAUUGUAUGAUCCAAAAAUAAGAAGUUACAAGGACAGUGCCGAAAUGGACAAAUCAUGGCUGGAGAUAGCAAAUGAACUUGGCAUGAAACCUCUCAAUGUAAAAAACAGGUGGCGAAGCUUGCGUGACAAGUUUGUGCGAGAAAAGAAGCGUCUAGUAUUGGAUGGUGUUGCCUCAUAUAGAUCCAGAGAUCCAUGGCCUCUAUUAGAUGAUAUGUCUUUCUUAUGGGACUUCAUCAAUCACAGGAAAGAUGUGUACACCAGAAAGAUGAGUUCAAAAGUCAGGGCUGAAUAUGUUCAACAUAACCUGCAGCCAAUCUUACCAUGCCCAUUACCAGAACAGGUUAAUGUGAUACUUGAAACACCUGAAGCCUCACCUUCUCAUGUCUUUCAUCCAACAACUAUCAGUGAGAAGCUCAAUUCACCUUCCAACAGCAUAAAUAUUGAACCCAUGAGAAUUAAACAAGAUCCAGGUGAUAGGGAUGAAGAUUAUGGCGAUGAUGGGCCUCCCACCUCUAGAUUGAGAAGUUUAUUAGAUCAGACCACACAUCAGGAUGAAUCCAGUGAGGAUACACAUUUCAGCCUUCAUGGGGAUCCUCCAGGAUCUCGAAAACCGACUCCAGAUGAAGAUGAAUUAUUCUGCCUCAGUGUGGCUGCAUCAUUGCGAAGAUUCAGUCCACAAAGGAAAGCUUUAGCAAAAUUACGUAUUCAGCAAGUUAUGUAUGAUGUACAGUUCUUGAACCAAGUGCCUUCAAGUACAACCACUGUACAAUCUGGUUACAAUAGUGACAUCAUUUUUAUGCAAAAUUCAUAAGUUUAACUGAUGACCCCAUGGUCUACAGCAGUGCCUGCAUUUCGGAGAGAAUGAGUUCCUCAUUUAAUUUUGUAAAGGCAGAUAUCAUGAAUGCCAAUGUUAAAAUCAAAUUUCUAUUGAAAUUAUGCCUGAAACCUAAAUGGCCUUGGUCUUCAUGAAGUAAUUUGAAUCCUACCAAUAAAAAAUGUUACUCCAACCAGCAAGUCAGGGCUAACCCUUAAACAACCAGGGGUCUGUGAGACCAUAACAGUUUAUCAAGCUGAAUGUGUUACAUUAUUAGUUCAGCUGAUGCCUGAAUUAUAAAGUGUAAUUGUUUACCACCUCACAAUAAACACCCUCAUCACUUCAGUCUGGUGACCAGACUGCACGGGUUUUCAUGAUCCUCCUAUAAAAUGAUUCACAGUAAUUAGAAUUCUGCACAUGAUAUUAGAUUUGAAGCUCUCUUGUCAACUGAAUACAAUUAAGUCUUCAUGGGCAAUCAGUCAUGUAAGUUUGGGGUUACAAAAAUUCAAUGUUUUGGAGAAUGUCUCGUCCAUCAUGGUUGAUGUGAUGAGCCAGCUGUGGGUACAAAUAUAAUGGGCAGUCAUAUAACUCAUCACAUCAACCGUAAUGCUGCAGGUAGACACACUGAAACAAUGUAUGUGUGACUGCCCAAGAAGACUUCUAUGUACGUUAGAAUGGUUGGAGAAAGAAAUUACAUAGACAAAUGUGAAGAUAUAUAUGAUACUUAUCACUUGCUUAGACAAUCGGUAAUGCUGCAUUUUUCCAGCAGUAUACUUACAGGCUUCCUACAAUCCUCAGAGUAAACUGCUAUUUUUGCUAAACAGGAUGAACCAGUUGAUCUUUGUAAUGGAGAAAAGUGUUUUCUUUGCCAUCAGAACUGAAUCUUAAAGUAUUAUUUUGAUGGAACUUCGAUUUCAAAGGUUCAAAAGGAUAUUAAUGUCUUGGAACCAUGAUAAAUGUAGUAUUUUAAGGA